UACGUUCGGUUCAUUUUCGUUUUUGUCGGCGAAACGAAAACAUGUAGGAAGUGAAUCGGGCAAGUGACUAGCAACAAUUAUUUUUGCUUUUAAAGUUUCUGUAUGACAUUAAGGACAGACUUGGAGCGGCAGAAAGAAAUGUCUGAUCUGUGAUGGAAAUUAAGACAGACUCAGUGGAUAUUAAAUAUGAAAUCGGCGACGAUAUUGGAAGAGGAAAAUUUGCCACAGUAAAAAGGUGCCGUGACCGACAGACUGGGAGUGAAUAUGCCGCCAAGUUCAUCAGGAAGAGUCGAGGCACAGGACGCCGUGGUGCCAAGAUGGAGAAUAUCGAAAAGGAGAUACAGAUAUUAAGUGAGACGAACCAUCGUAACAUAAUCAACUUGUACGAGGUGUAUGACACCAAGCGGGAAGUUAUACUCAUCCUUGAACUUGUUGAUGGCGGGGAAUUGUUCGAGUACCUGUCGGAGAAAGAUAAACUUUGCGAAGAGGAGGCUUCAUCGUUUGUAAAACAGAUUCUUGAAGGAGUGGAGCACCUGCACUCCCAAUAUAUAGCGCAUCUCGAUCUCAAGCCAGAAAAUAUUCUGUUACAAGACAAGAACAGUACGGCUGUGAAGUUGAUAGAUUUUGGUCUUUCGAGGAAAAUAUUACCAAAAGAAGAACAUAGGGCUAUAAUGGGAACAGCAGAGUUUUGUGCUCCAGAGGUAAUCAGCUUUGAGCCAUUGUCUGUGUCAACAGAUAUGUGGAGUAUUGGAGUCAUUACUUACGUUCUUUUAUCCGGACUUUCUCCAUUCCUUGGAGACAACCAGCAGGAAACAUACCAUAAUAUCACCUCCAUAAAUUUUGAGUUUGACGAGGAGUAUUUCAAUGGGACCAGUGAUCUUGCCAAGGACUUUAUCCAAAAACUUCUAGUCAAAGACACAAGGAAGAGAGCCACUAUACACCAGUGCUUGAAUCACCCGUGGAUAAAGCCUGUAGAAAAGCGUGACAAAGUGCUUCGUAGAUCCUCCGUUAUAAACACAGAACACCUUAAAAAGUUUAUUGCUAGACAAAGGUGGAAGCGCUCCAUGAAAGUAGUAUCGCUAUGUAAUCGCUUAUCCCGUAGUAUGCAGCUUAGACGUAUCAUGAGCUCUGACACUAUUGGCAGCACAUCAGAAGAGGAUAAAGCUGAGAAUUUCGUGCAAGCAGCCCUUUUCUGUGCUUCUGAGGAAGGUAAUGUGCAAGGAAUCAAAAGUCUCACAGAUAUGGCUCAGAAAAUAGACCUCACCACAGCAAAUCGGCAUGGUGAAACUGCAGUACAUAUGGCUGCAAGUGGAGGCCAUACAGAGGUCAUCAAAUUCCUAAACUCAAAAGGAGUUGACAUUGGGGCACUUGACAAGCAAGGUGACAGUGCAGUAUACUGGGCGGCGAGGCAAGGUCAUGUAGAGGUCAUAAAGUACCUUCUAGACGAGGGUGUUGCCUUGAACUCACAAAAUAAGUCUGGGGAGACAGCAGCCCAUGUCGCAGCAAGAUACGGCCACAUGCAAGUUAUUGAUUAUCUGGCUUCAUCAGGUGUUGAUCUAAAUGUACAAGACAAUCUUGGGGAGACUGCCCUCCAUAAUGCAGCUUGGCAUGGAUUCACAAAUAUUGUGCAUGUGUUGUGUAGAGAUGGGGCUAAACUAGAUAUGCAGAAUAAAGAUGGGGACAGCGCGCUGCAUUGUGCUGCAGCACGGGGACAUGUUGAAUGUGUGAAAAUCCUGCUUGAGGCUGGAAUGCCCCUUGAUUUGAAAGAUAAGCGUGGAUGUACAGCUCUGUAUCUAGCAUGCAAUCGACAACACACACCUAUAGCACUUAUGUUGCUGCACUCUGGGUGUAGUAUGGAUGAAAUAAUUGAGGAUGCUUGUGAAUAUACACUACAUUGUGCUGUACGUGAAGGACUUACCACUGUCGUGCAGACCAUGUGUGCAUUUGGAUGUAAAGUUGAUGUAUUAACUAAGGAGACAAAUGUAACACCAUUGCAUCUAGCUAGUAAAGGAGGCUACAUUGAGAUGGUCAGAACUCUUCUUCUGUCAGGAGCACAGUCAUUUCCUAACAAGGACGGUGUGAGUCCAGAAAUUAUGGCUUUGGCAGAAGGAUACACUGAUAUUGCGGAUCUUCUGAACAAAGUUAAAGGGGAUCGUGGAGAGGCUUUCAUAAAACAGCUGAUGUUAUCCUCACUGUCACUACCUCAGGUCAAGGUCAAAUUUCUCGGUUCAACAGGUGUGGGAAAAUCGACAUUGAUUGAGACACUGAAAUGCGGCCUGUUCAGUAGCUUCUUCAGGAGAUCGCGGCUCAGUAGCUCCAGCGCAAACCCAGGAUCAGGCACAAAGUCAAAAGAAUUAAAGCCACGUCUACCGAGACAAUACAGUCUACCUACACCAUUGUGUUACUCUGUCGGCAAUCCACAGUAUACAAAGGGCAUAAAUAUACAGCAUGUCAAUAUAACAGGUGUCGGUGAACUAAGCAUGUGGGAUUUCUCUGGUUAUGAGCCGUAUUACAUGUUGUACGACCAUUUUCUAGGCGAGACAGGCUGUGUACAUGUAGUCAUGUUCAGUUUAAUGGAUCCAUUUGAUGAACAAAUUGCUCAAGUUUUCUUCUGGCUCAAUUUCCUCAAGGCUCGAGUUACCCCUCUUUUACCUCUAGGAUAUUGUGGACAACUCCCAAAUCGUCCAUGCAUAAUACUCAUUGCCUCACAUGCAGAUAAAGCAGGGUGCUUGAAAAAUGCUCGCGGGGAAUACGUCAGCCAUGUGGCUAGUAGCAUUCUGUCGAAGAUUCAGCAGAAGUUUCGAAGUGACCUUGACAUUGUUGAGAGAGUUUUCGUCAUGGAUACUCAGGUUGCCAUGACACCAGAUGUCAAGGCUUUAAAACACCAGUUGUAUCAGCAUAGGGCAAACAUUCUCAGGUCUGUCGGUAAAUCCAGUGGUUUCCUGGAGGCCAUGUUGAUGACCUUGCCAUCAUGGCGACGAUCAUCGUCCUCCUACCCAGUGUUGUCAUGGCAACAGUUCAUUGAGUUUGUGAGAUCAAAGGUCAAUCCACUGGUUGGUGAGAACCAUAUAAAGCACCUUGUGGAACAGCUACAGAUUAUAGGGGAGAUUGUGUACUUAGAAAAGGACUCUGGUGAAAGCCUUGUUGUUUUGAAUCCAAAAUGGUUAUGUUGUGAUAUUAUUGGAAAUCUCAUAUCGCACGAGAAAAUCGUGCAGUCUCGAAUAACGGGAUGUUUCACUGUGGACGAGUUUCAAAUAAUGUAUCCAGAAACAGAUGCCUUAGACUUGCUCAAUGUUUUAGAAGCAUUAGAGGUGUGUACACGAUGUGAAAAUGACGAUGAAAUCGAGUACGAAUUCCCGUGUUUAAACUUCGUAGAGACAUUGAAUGGUCUAUGGCUUCGAGAUUUGAAACAUUUUGGUAAUGCCAUUUAUGGUGGUUUAAGAAUGAAGUCUACUGAAAGUCUAGCUCAGUUGAAGCAUAUAUUUCCCCGCAUACAAACGCAUUUACGUAGAAAUAUUAUUCAGGAAAGUGACGACCCAGAUUCGGACCUCUAUCAGUGGCAUCAUGGGUCAAAAUACUGUUGCGGCGACCUUGAGGGCAUGAUAAGUAUGGAUCGCCAAGAGCAGUUUGUCGAGAUUAAAGUAAGAGGACCACCAGAGUCAGCGACAGCGUUGUUCUACUUUCUAGAAGACUUUGUGAAUACAGCUGAGCAAGUGAUUAGUCACGUGACUCCUGGAUUGUGUUUCGAGAAACAUGCGUUAAGUCCAUCCAACCUAAAGGAUCAUAUAAAAAAUCCACAUUGUUACACUCCUCAGGAUAUUUUGAUGUCCCAGUUAAAUAAAUGUUCUGUGUUAACGUUGACAGAUGGCAAAAAAGAAAAUUACAAUGAUGUGUUGUUUCUUGGUUCGACGGAAGCCAAAAAUGCCAUUUGCUCUGGAGUUGAUCUCCCGAUUUCUUUUCUCCCUAUUCACGCUCGGCAACGUCUUUGUCAAAUAAUGGAUCCACAGGAUCCUUUAGGUAGAGACUGGUGCCUUUUGGCAGUAACUCUGGGCUUAGAAACGUGUCUUCCGUCACUUGAUGCUAAUAGCAACAGAACAGAAAGUAAAACGGAACGAACUUUAGAAGAAUGGUUGAACGUUGAACCUAGUGCUACUGUUGGGCAAUUAAUCACAAAAUUACAAGAAUUUAAUCGCGAGGACGCGGUUGCAGUUUUGUUGCAUACUGCUCCGUUAUUUCGUACAAUGGUCUAUGACGAACACUCGACUGAUGAGAGUGCUGUUCCAGGGCUUGGGACGGCCUCAACGAACACGCUGUCAAACUUGUCAAGAUGACAAUCAACUUAGAACAAUGUUGCAGAAAAUGCGCUGUUAUAGAAAAAGCUAUGUUCUGGAACAAAUUGAUGACUGUAGAGAUCUGAGCUGUUCUCAUAUUACCGUCUGCUAGCAACUCUGUUACAGUAUUUUUAUGAUAUUGUUUACUUACAGUAAUUAUGCAAGGUCAGCGUGAAUGUCGUAAAUUUACGCAUACUGUUUUUACAGUUCAAUCUACAUACACUCGUUUUGAUUCAACGUAUGUGCAUCUAAGUAUUAUAUUACAAUCAACCUAAAUGUAUUACGUAGAUUGGUGAAUGUUUGCAAUGGUUUUAUUUUCACACAUGUAUCAGAAAUCAGAAAUCAAGACUUUAAAACAGAUGUGAAUACUGUGAAAUUAGCUAUUUUUUUUAGGCUUAAAGUGAGUACUUUGCGGCCAACUAUAUCAGCAUAUAGAAUUAUUCAUAGCUAUAAUAGCACUUUGUGUGUUAUUAAUUUUCAUGAAAUAAAUCCCAAUAAAAGUUUCAGAUUUUGAAGAUUUGACUAGCUCUAACUGCCAAAAUGUAACGAGCUGUGAUGUGUGAAUUAUGAAAAAUGGGAGUGUGGCUGUUAACUGUCAUAUUGCGAAUUAAAAGCAAUGCAAAAAUCACCAAAUCUACAAUAAACUGUAAAAUCAUGUAUUUUCGUGUGUAUGAAAUUUUAUGAUUUUGGUCCAAACAAUUUUUUGAGAUCAGAUGAAUGGAAAUUUUAUUUGCUUUUGGUGGUUUAAUUUCUUUGAUUGACAAAACCACGAAAUCCACGAAAAUUAGUCCCUUACGAAUAUUGAUGAAUUUCACAGUACUAGUAACCAUCACAUAUUCACUUGUUACAUAUGUUAAGAAAAUAUUGUAUAUACUAGUAGUGUAUUAAAUGUGGGCAUAUUUUUACUUUUUUUCAAUCCAAUGAUGUAUAUAGGGUAAAGUUUUGUGAUUUUUUUCUUACUUCCACAAAAUUUUAAACUUUUGGAAGUAAGAUGGCUGGUUUUCAUUUGUAUAUAAUCAUGAAAUAAAGGUGAUAUCUUCAAACGGUACUAAGUGCUUUUAUAAUAAGUUGUCUGUGAUUUUGAAAGUGUUUUUGAUUAAAAUUGUAAGUGCUAGCCUGUAAAAAAACCCUUGUUUUUCUGCUUUAAUACACAGUAUAUAGCCCGGUGUUAAAUUAUACCAGUAUUGAAUCUACCCAACAGUGUGUUUUAGUGUUCUGUUGAAACACUUUGUUCUGUAAAAUGUUUUAAACAAAUUCUCUGGUUUAAAGUAAAUUUUGAAACACAGUAACUGUUUUCAAAAUUGAUAAAGUGCUUAAUCUCAUGUGGUUAGAUGCCUUCUGUGUUAGUCACGAUGUAAAAUAUUGUUGUAAAAUAGAAAGAAAAGUUGUCUACCGUGUUAGUCAUGCAGUAGAAUAAUAAUGUAAGAUAAAAGGAAUAGUUGCCUACUAUGUUAGACACACAGUAAAAUAUGAAUGUGAAAUAGAAGGAAAGUGGGUUUACAGCGUUAGUCACACAGUAAAAUUUUAAGGUAAAAAUGGAAGGGAAAGAUAUCUACUGUGUUAGUUAUGCAGUAAAAUAUUGAUGUGAAAUAAAAGGAAAAGUUGUCUACUAUGUUAGUCACAUGGAAAAAUACCGAUGUGAAAUAGAAGGAGAGGAUGUCUACUGUAAAAUAUUGAUUUAAAGUUGAAGAAAAUCCGCUAUUCUGAUAUUUCACAGACGUUUAGCAGUUUAACCUUUAGCCUGCUGGCAGGAAGUGAUUCUGCCUUUGCGACCAGUGCAGACCAAGAUCAGACUGCACAUCCGUGCAGUCUGAUCAUGGUCUGCACUGUUCGCUAUUCAGUCAGUAAAUUUUCUGUAAACACCCCUUCAAAUGAUAAAUGGUAUUGCCCAAAUUGAAUGAUGGACCAGUCCACUAUAGAAAUUUAGCAGGCUAAAUGUUAAAAAUGCUUAAUUUUGUAGUAACAUAAAGAGGCAUGUCUCUUGUAAACUGAAAAUAAUUUGUUGUCAAAUGGACUAUAAUCUAUACUGCUGAUUUGUAUACUUAUGUUUUUGGUAGGAAACUGAAAAUUUAAACCAUGUAGAUAUAUGAUUUAUUGAGGGCUGAAUUUCUCACUAGCAAAACAUUUUCUGCACUUAGUGACAAUUAAAUGUGAUGACAUUAAUGCAAGUUCGUUUUAAAGAUUAAGAGUUGAAAUAGAAAAAGGAAAGAGAAGGUUUAAACCAUUAGGCAGAUGAUAAUUUUGAGAAUUUACAUACAAAAAAUAGCUUUACAAUGAAAUUGAACACUAUAGUGAUAUUUAGUUUGAUUUUGAAGAACAUUUUAUGUUUUGUCAACAAAAACAUGAUCACAUUUUUAUAAAGGAAUGAAUCAUGUUGUUAGGAUGUGUAAAAUAAGAUUUGUUUGUGUGAAUUUAUAUUUGAAACUUAAAUUUAAUAAUGGAAGACUUCUGUAUCUGAUAUGUCAGUUAAAAGUGUCCAUAAUUCUGGUUAAGUUGUAGCUGAACUGUUAAGGGAAUAAGCUCAUUUUUCACUCUAACAUAUUAUUGAUACCAUUAUUUAACUAAGUAUAUUUUUUUUUUUAUGAUCUAUAUUGAAAAGAAAAUUACAUGUAGAUGCCAUUGCGGAAUAAAUUGUAAUGCAAAUCAUGUAAAAACCAAGUUCUCUUUCUGAAUUGUAAUGCAAUCAUGUAAAAACCAAGCCCUCUUUAUGAAUUGUAAUGCAGAUCAUGUAAAAACCAAGCCCUCUUUAUGACUUGUAAUGCAGAUCAUAUAAAAACCAAGCCCUCUUUAUGACUUGUAAUGCAAAUCAUAUAAAAACCAAGCCCUUUUUAUGAAUUGUAAUGCAAUCAUGUAAAAAUCAAGCCCUCUUUAUGAAUUGUAAUGCAAUCAUGUAACAAUCAAGCCCUCUUUUUGAAAUGUAAUGCAAAUUUUGUAAAAACCAAGCCCUCUUUAUGAAUUGUAAUGCAAUCAUGUAAAAAUCAAGCCCUCUUUUUGAAAUGUAAUGCAAAUUUUGUAAAAACCAAGCCCUCUUUAUGAAAUGUAAUGCAGAUCUUUUAAAAAUCAAGCUCUCUUUAUGAAUUGUAAUGCAAAUCAUGUAAAAAUCAAGCCCUCUUUAUGAAUUGUAAUGCAAAUCAUGUAAAAAUCAAGCUGUAUAUGAAUUGUAUGUAAAUUAUGUAAAAAGCUCCCUUUUUGAAUUGGAAUUAAAAUUGUGACAGUUAAUUGAUGCAAAAGACUUGAUUUAAAAAAUCUGCAUGAAUUUUCCACCUUUUCAGGGGUCGAUGUGGGAUGGGGUUUACCCCUUGCUUACCUCCUGUUUGGUACCUCAUAUUUUUUGCUGACAGAGCGGGGAAAUUUGGCAUUGUUUGUUUUGAUCUUGCCUUUGUUUAAAAGUGUGAGCAUUUUACAUUUUCUGAUUGUAUUACAGAUGAUUAUUGUAUUGUAUUUUAUAUUGACUGUUGAAAACGUGCGCAACAACUGUGUUGUAAAUUUGAAUAACGAUCAGGUUUAAAAUUAAAUGUUUCUGAAUUUUGCACCUUCUAGAAGUUCUGAAAAUUUGACUUUCAGUUUGUUGCUUCAAGAAAAUAAUAAAAUUUGACAGGUACAAUUGACUGUACUUGAUUUUCAAAUAACAAUUUGCUUUUAUUUUGCCAAAGAAACUCGCCAUCUUUUUAAGGUCAAAAGGAGGGAAUAUUUUUUCAAGUUACAUUUUGUAUACUAGGUAUGUAAUAGAAAAUCACUAAAUUCUACUUUGAAAUUUUUACAGGCAUGUUUAAAAGCAUUUUCCGCCUUAAUGUGGAAACAUUGUAAGUAUGUAUGAAAAGAGUAACGUAGGAUGGUUCCAUAUAGAGACCUUUCAAUAAUAUUACUGCAGGCAAAAUGGGACAUUUGUGAGAAAGAUAUGACCUGGCUGUUACUAAAAACCAGUCAAUUUUAUGUCUCAAAGUAGUGAAAAAAGGCAUUAAAAAGUGUAAUCCUGCUUAGGUUUUACAUUUAUGUCUAAUUUAUGUUCAUAUUUUCAUGAAAAAUGGACAUAAAGCUGGAAAUUUUCAAUUUUGCAUUUUUUCAGUCUUCAAAGUAUGAUACACCUUAUCUGCCAAAGAAAAGAUUUACUGUGAAUUCAUUUAACCUUUAGCCUGCUGGCAGGAAGUGAUUCUGCCUUUGCGACCAGUGCAGACCAAGAUCAGCAUGCACGGAUGUGUAGAUCAUGUGAGAUCAUGGUCUGCAUUGUUCUCUAUUCAGUCAGUAAAUUUUAAGUGAACACCCCUUCGAAUAAUAAAUGGUAUUGCCUGGACCAGUCCAUUUUAGAAAUUUAGCAGGCUAAGGGUUAAUUUCAUAGGAAUAAAUUUUCUUGGUUUUUGGUGGGGAUAUAAAUUCAUGGAUUAUGACUUCCAAACAUAAAUGAAUUUUACUGGUUAAACGGGAUUUUAAUGUAUAGAACUGAAUCGACAACAAAAAUAAGUCCUUCACAGUGUUCUUUUGAGUGACUAAGUAGACCGUGAGUUUAUACCACUAGAAAGAUCAUGAAACUGUAUUUGUUUCAAAAUAUUUAUAUUUUUGUGCUCUUUUGAAGUCUUGUACGGAUUCCAAAAAGAAUGAAAUUGUUUUGAAGAUGUUAUGAAAAUCAUGGUGUAUAUUAGCAUUCAAUGUAUUUUUUAGCCCACCAUCAUCAGAUGGUGGGCUAUUCAAAUCACUCUGCGUCCGUGGUCCGUCGUCCUUCCGUCCGUCCGUCCGUCCGUCCGUCCAUCAUUCCGUCCGUCCUUCCGUUAACAAUUUCUCGUUAUCGCAUCUCCUCAGAAACUACCAGGGGGAUUUUGACCAAACUUUGUCAGAAUGAUGUAUUGGUACCCUAGUUGUGUCCCCCUGAAAAUCAGACUGGUUCAACAAAUUUUUAGUAAGUUAUGGCCCUUUGUUUAUUUCUAUAAUUUACAUAGAUUUAUAUAGGGAAAAACAUUGAAAAUCUUCUUGCCCCAAACCACAGAGCCUAGGGCUUUGAUAUUUGAUAUGAAGCAUCAUCUAGUGGUCUUCUACCAAUAUGAUUCAAAUUAUUUCCCUGGGGUGUAAUAUGGCCCCGCCCCGGGGGUCACAUGGUUUAUAUAGACUUAUAUAGGGAAAAACUUUGAAAAACCUCUUGUCAAAAACCACAGGGCCUAGGGCUUUGAUAUUUUGUAUGUGACAUCAUCUAGUGGUCUUCAACUAAGAUUGUUCAAAUUAUCCCCCUAGGGUCAAAUAUGGCCCCGCCCCGGGGGUCACAUGGUUUACAUAGACUUAUAUAGGGAAAAACUUUGAAAAUCUUCUUGUCCAAACCACAAAGCCUAGGGCUUUGAUAUUUGUAAUGUAGCAUCGUCUAGUGGUUCUCUACCAAGUUUGUUAAAAUUAUCCCCCUAGGGUCAAAUAUGGCCCCGCCCUGGGGUCACAUGGUUCAUAUAGACUUAUAUAGGGAAAAGCGUAUAAAAACUUCUUGUCAAUAACCUACAACAUUCAGAUUUGGACCACAUGUAUGGUUUUGAGUGGCAAGAUGAACCUUGACAUGAGUUGACCUUGAUUUUGACCUAGUGACCUACUUUCACAUUUCUGUAGCUACAACCUUCAAAUUUGGACCACAUGCAUAGUUUUGUGCACUGAAAUAAACUUUGACCUUGACAUUGACCUAGUGACCUACUUUCACAUUUUUGAAGGUACAUGCUUCAAAUUUUGGACCACAUGCAUAAUGUCGUGUUCCGAAAUGAAAUUUGACCUUGAUUUUGACCCAGUGACCUACUUUCACAUUUCUCAAGCUACAGCCUUCAAAUUUGGACCACCUGCAUGGUAAUUGUACCAAAACUAACUUUGACCUUUACAUCGACCUAGUGACCUACUUUCACAUUUUUGAAGGUACAGGCUUCAAAUUUGGACCACAUGCAUAGUUCUGUAUUCCGAAAUAAAAUUUGACCUUGAUUUUGACCUAGUGACCUACUUUCACAUUUCUCAAGCUACAGCCUUCAAAUUUGGACCACAUGCAUGGUUUUGUGUACCGAAACAAACUUUGACCUUUACAUUGACCUAGUGACCUACUUUCACAUUUUUGAAGGUACAGGCUUCAAAUUUGGACCACAUGCAUAGUUUUGUAUUCCGAAAUAAAAUUUGACCUUGAUUUUGACCUAGUGACCUGCUUUCACAUUUCUCAAGCUACAGCCUUCAAAUUUGGACCAUUUGCAUAGUUUUGUGUACCGAAAUGAACUUUGACCUUAAGAUUGACCUAGUGACCUACUUUCAGAUUUCUAUAGCUAUAGGCUUCAAAUUUAGACCACAUGAAUAGGAUUGUGUACCGAAACAAACUUUGACGUUGAUAUUGACCUAGUGACCUACGUUCACAUUUUUGAAGGAACAGGCUUCAAAUUUGGACCACAUGCAUAGAUUUGUGUUGUGAAGUGAAAUUUGACCUUGAUUUUGACCUAGUGACCUACUUUCUCAUUUCUCAAGCUACAGCCUUCAAAUUUGGACCACUUGCAUAGUUUUGUGUACCGAAAUAAACUUUGACCUUAAGAUUGACCUAGUGACCUACUUUCAAAUUUCUCAAACUACAGUCUUCAAAAUUGAUGCACAUGCAUAGUUUUGUGUACAAAGAACUUUGUCCUUGAAAUUGAUCUAGUGACCUACUUUCACAUUUCUCAAGUUACAGCUUUCGAAUUUAGACCACAUGCACAGUGUUGUGUACGGAAAUGAAAUUUGACCUUGAGCUAGUCAGUAAGUCUUGAAAUUUGGAACACACAAAAAUGACACAUUGGUGGGCGCCAAGAUCACUCUGUGAUCUCUUGUUUAUGAGAAUAUCCUUUUGUAAGAUGUCCUUUUUGUUGUGACAUCUCACAUAUAUUUAAUGCAAUGAAGUAUAUAAAAUAGGUUGUUUUCACCUGGGACUAUAGUGCAGUCUGUAGCAAUUAAAAUUCAAAUGAUGUUUUUGUUUUUGUUGGGUUUAAUGUCACACCAACACAUUUAUACGUUAAAUGGCUACUUUCCAGCUUUAAUGGUGGAGGAAGACCUCAGGUGCCCUUCCGUGGAUUAUUCGAUCACAGGCGGGCACCUGGGUAGUACCACCACCCUUCCAUAUGCCAACUGGAUGGGUUCCUCACAUGAAGAAUUUAACGUUGCAAGUGAUUUGAAUUCAGCGACCCUUACAACUUGGCCAUGGAGGCCCCCGAAAAAAAAUUCAAAUGAGCUAGGCUGAUUCAAAGUAUAAUAAGAAUCACACACAUUGUUGCACAGAUCAAACUAUGGUUUACUGUUGUCUAAAAUUCAGUGGGGUUUGGAAACCAUGGAUCACAAGUUAAUAUUUACCACAGGGUUUAAUUGCAUAACUGUCUUGCUUUUAACAUGAUGCAGUUUCCACCUCACCAUAAUGCACUACGUCACUAGACCGUGCUAUAUUCCCCCAUGAGUGAAAGUACCUAUUUUGUCCACAUUGUUCGUGAACACAUUGUAUUAUAUCAUGUACGUGUACAUACGAUGAAUAUUCUCACUAUUCAGAAUCUGUUCAUUUUGUUACCUUUGGUUUCUCUUUUAUUUUUCAUGUAUAUUAAAUAUACAGUUUUUGCUAUGAUCCAAUAAAAUUGAAAGAAUGAAAAUUGA